AAGUUUGAAAAAUUCUAUGUGUGCAUGGAAAUUUGAAUAAUAAAAUCGAGAAACGUACAACGCGCCAAGAACACAACACAAACAAAGACGAUUGCCAAAUAUAACGAUUAUACCAUCGCCCGCGGUCGGUAUUGAUCCUUCCAUGUAGCUUCCAUAAUCCGAGGACUACGUCAACGAUAAAACUGACAUACGCGCUUCGCAUUCUGAUUGACUGUCUCUCCGCCUCCGGGCGCAUCCUCUUCUGAUGAUUGGCUGUGCCGCUCCGAAUCGAUUGCUCCAUGCACAUCGCCAGUUUCCCGAAACUAACUUUGAGCGAUGUCAAAUACCGCUUACGCGUAAUUCAUCAUUUCCACAUCUUUAUUGAGUUCCAGCGGUGACAAUCGGAAGCGAUGAAGCGAUUAGCAGUAAACACGUAUAAUUGCAUUAUUCCAAAAUCGAUUAAUAUUCAUAUCAUCGCUGAAGAAUAUCAUAAUGAUGAAAGCCGAAGAACAGGAGGAAAAAGCUAUGGGUUUCAAGGACAAGCAGAAAGCAUUGGACACGUUAAAAGUCUUGGACGGUCGCGAUAUCAGUUAUCAGUAUCACGUAAUCACGAGCUUUGUCAGUCGUGCGAAAAGAACGCUGCAGAUCACGCGGGACGAGGAGAAAUUGGCAAAUUUGCGCGAUGCCUUGAAGAUCUUCGAGGAUUGGCUGACGGAUUACAAGGUGAAUAAUAGAGGCAAGGAAAACCUCGCGUACCUACCGAUCGAAACGAUCCAGGCUUUCCGCAGUCUCGCGAAGAAAUACGACGUGUGGGAUGAUGAGUUCUUCAGAGCGUACAAGAACGAGAAGGGCGACUACAAGAGUCUGCGCGACGUUAAAGUUCCAAAUGGAGGUACUACAUGGGACAUCGAGAGGAACAAGCGUCUGAAGGAUAUCAUCGGUAAGAUCAAGGACGAGCACAUUCAAUGGUACGAAACAGACGCGGGCGAUUUUCGAGGAUUACCGACGAAGGAGCACACACGAUGCAUCGCGCUCGGGUACAGCCCGGAGCCCUCGAAGCUGAAGAAGCUGGCGGCUCAAGCGCGCGAGAAAUUCGGCGAAGGUGAUGACGACAUGAACGUUACCGAGGAAGAACGAAGGGGAACUAAGAGAACUCGCGAUAGCCCAUCGAGCAGCGAAAGCGAUAGCGAACCGGAGAGAAAAUGCGCGAGACGUUCAUCGGAAACUACGAAGAACGAACAGGACGAAAAGGUGGAGAGUGUGCUAGGUUUUAAGGACAAGGAAAAAGCUUUGCAAAGCAUCAAGUCCUUGGAGGGCAGAGACAUAUCGUAUCAAUUCCACGCGAUCAGCGGGCUGGUGAAGCGAGCAGAGAGGGUGAUAUCAUGCACGAAGGACGAGCAGAAGAUCAAGAACAUGCGGGAGGCUAUGGAAGUCUUUGAGAACUGGAUUACCGAUUAUAAUGUGAACGGUCGAUCGGGGGAAAAUUUCAAUUAUCUGACGAUCGAUGUGGUGCGAGCUUUUAAACCUCUCGCCGAGCGAUACGGCAUCGAAGAUAACGGCUUCCUCAAAGUUUACGAAGAGGUGGAUGGCGAUUAUAAGAAACUCAGAUCGGCUCGUUUUCCGGAAUCAGAUGUUACGUGGGAUGUGAAGAGGAAUAAACACUUGCGGGAAUUGGUGAAUCACAUAAAGGAAAAGUACAUUCAAUGGUUCGAAACAGAUGCCAAGUUUCGAGGUUUACCCACCGCGGAGCACACAGAAUGUAUCAUGUGGGGCUUUAGUCACGAUGUUGCCAAGCUAAAGAAACUCCUGCCAACAUUAAAUGAGAAACUAGAAUCCAUUAAUUAAUAUUGCGAUUUAAUAAACGCAAAUCAGAAAAUAUUUUUCUUUUAAAAUUAUCUAAGAUGUCUUAAAGUUUCCAAGAAACGCAUAGCAAUUCAUUAUUGCAAAUUUUUU